CUGCAUCACUCCUUCCAAACACUCCUUCCAACCAUUUCGAGACAGAAAAAAAAAAAGAAGAAGAGAUGGGUCUUUCAAUUUGCAAGAAAAGUUUGAUUUUUGUGCAAAUAAUUCUCCAAUUAACAUUCAUUCAUUCAGCCAUCACUCCACAAAGCAGCACACAGUUCAUAAGAACUUCUUGCACUUCCACUAAAUACCCUCGACUCUGUUUCUCAUCUCUUUCAAUCCACGCCAAUUCCAUCCAAACAAGCCCUCGCCUUUUGGCCACCACCGCCCUCUCUGUCACCCUCUCCUCCGUCAAGUCCGCCGCCACCCAAAUCCUCAAGCUCUCCCACGCCCACGGCCUCCCUCCAAGAGACGUCUCUGCUCUUAACGACUGUUUGGAAGAGCUCAGUGACUCUGUUGACUCCCUUGCCAGCUCCAUUUCCGAGAUGCCCAAGCUACGUGGCCAUGACUUUGAUCUCGUUAUGAGCGAUGUUCAGACAUGGGUCAGCGCCGCCCUCACUGAUGAGACCACUUGUAGUGAGGGGUUUCAAGGGAAGGCUGUCAAGGGCGGCGUUAAGGCGGCGGUUAGGAGGAGGAUUGUGAACAUUGCGCAGUUGACCAGUAAUGCUCUGUCUUUGAUCAACCGGAUUGCAGAGCUGCAUUAGAAUUUGGUGUUGCUAUACUUAAAUUUGCGUGAGAUUUCAAUGCAACUGUAAGUAUGAUAUUUAGUUAAGGGAGUGGAGGUUUUGCCUUAGUUUGUAUACAUAGUAAUAGGUUUGAUUAGGGUUUGUGUGGAAGUUUGAAUUAUUUUUGCAUUAUUAUUGGCAUGGGGUAUGUAUUAUUGUAUUUUCAAUUUAUUGAAGUUAACUAAGUGUGAAGA